AUGAAUUCUAAAGCCAAUGAAGGAGAGUUUAAAAUAGCCACCACGCCAUCACAGAAUCCAUUCACUAUUGAUAUCACAGAGUCGUCAGCACAGGAAUCUCCCAGAGAGCAAAAAAGACAGCGAAUAAAGAAGACAAUUAAGGGAAAGAGGGAAAACACGAUUAAAGCAGUAUUUGGAGUUAUUUUAGUCAUAGUAGGAAUAACCAUCUACUUUAUGCUAACAAAUGUGUAUACAGGUGUGUUUCCAAGCAAGUCUGCUGCAGUCUGCUGUAUUAUCUCUUUCUUGGCAAGUGCGUUCUGGUCUCUUCAUAUACUGCCACUGGAAAUUACUUCAGUUGCUCUUAUCCCAAUAGUAAUUAUAUCCAAUAUAAUGGUGCCAGAUAAAACUGGUGUACAGGGAUGGAUCAGUGGGUUUGUAAUAGUCACGAAAAUACUAGUAUCUCCUGUUGUAUUGCUACUAAUGGGGAGCUGUCUUUUGUCUGUAUACUUUCAGUGCAAUGGCGGAGAGAAGAUGGUUCUGCCGUAUCUGAUUGAUGGGGGCAAUAUAUAUUCUAGUCUGUUCAGAAGUAUGUUUCUAUCCAUAGUUCUUUCAUCAAUCAUGUCAAACAUCACUGCACCAAUUAUUAUAAUAUCAAUUCUUCAGAGCAGGCCACGGCCACCAAGCCCAGCAAUUAUUAUGGGAGUAGCCAUGGGCUCAAACAUUGGGGGAAUGGUUUUGCCCAUAAGCAGUCCGCAGUCCAUUCUUGGAUCUGGUAUUAUAAGUGUCUCCUGGAGCAGGUGGAUGUGGGUAUCCCUUCCCACAGUUGCUGUAUGCUUUUUAUUUGUGUUCUCCUUAAUAAUCGCGUAUUUCCCAAAACAGCCGCAGAGUGAGAACAAUAUCGUUAUUGCAGGUGAACCGCAGAACUCUUCUCUUUUAAUAAUUGUGACGACUCUUUGCAUUAUUUGCUGGUCGCUCCCAUCUAUUUAUUCAGGGCUAAAGUGGAUAUAUGCACUGCCAGUGUGUGCACUUCUCAUAACCAAAAGUGCCCGGAAAGUGUUUAACAGAAAGACUCUUGAAAUUAUUUCCAUUGCUGUAGCAGGAACUGCAAUUGGAAGGGGAAUAAAAACCACUAAAAUGCUAGAGAGUAUGAUCUCUGGAUUAAUCAUAAGCAGCAAGGAAAGAAGUCUUCUAUUUCUUCUAAUUUCCUUGUCUUUUGUUAUGCUCUGCCUCUCCUGCAUAGUUUGCCACACUGUGAGUGCUGUGGUACUUCUACCUAUUUAUGAGAAGAUAGGUAUGUUUGUGGGAAGGCCAAAACUCAUUGUUGCGAUAUCUGCCCUGGCUUGUUCUUGCGGUAUGGCCUUCCCAGCAAGCGGAUUCCCGAAUAUUUUAGCAAGCUCAUUUAAAUCACCAAAUGGAAAAAGGUUAGUGAGCUCAAAAGAUUUUAUUUUAAUUGGAACAAUUUCAACCAUUGUCUGCUGGAUUUCCAUUUUAACUGUUUCUCUGUUUUUUAUGGUCAUAGCAAAGUUUUAA